AGAGAGAGAGAGAGAGAGAGAGAGAGAGAGAGAGAGAGAGAGAGAGAGAGAGAGAGGCUGCCAGUGUUUCACAGGCUUGCUACAGUGCAGAGGUUUUUCCACGGAAGAGAGGUUCUGUCAGAGUGAAUUCUCUAAUGUUGCUGCUGCUGAAGUGAAUACAUCACAGGGGCUACACUGCAGUAAACACUGCAUUGGAGAAUACUGUGGUGGUUCAUACUGAGGUUUGGAUGGCUGUGAUGCUCCUAUAGCAUCACCUUUCAACUGCAUUCAACAGCAAAGCCACAUAACUGCAACAACCAGACCCUGCCUCUGAAGAACCUCACCUGGAGAGGACAGACUGAGACAGACAGAGUGGUAGAGAGAUAGAGAAGAGUGCAAACAUUAGGAUUUUGACAAUUCUUCCAUCGUUUUCAAGUCAUUCCUCUCCAUCGAUUGAUGCGACGAAUAAGUGAGAAGAAAAGAAUAGCUAGCAUUUCGGAGAAAGAGGAUAAACGUCAUAGAUCAGGAGUGAGGGACCGUAAGCAGAGCAUCUAAACUGGAAUUGAAGGGGGGAGAGUGGAAGGGUACUACAGGAUGCUUUUGGGCAGCAUGAACCGUCCGGGGGCGGUCCCUGCCUUCCUCAGGACCCCCACGGUGAUCCCGCCCCCGCUGGACAUGAAGCAGUUCCUACAGUUCCCCAUGGACACAGCUCCACCACAACACAGCAUGGGUCUGUUCCACAACUUCAACACCAACAGUUACCCAACAAUGGACCCGGUACAGAAGGCGGUGAUGAACCACACCUUCGGCCCCCCCAUGAUGAAGACCAAACGACCCAUCAUCUCCUGCAACGUCUGCCAGAUCCGCUUCAACUCAGAGAGCCAGGCAGAGGCCCACUAUAAGGGGAACCGGCACGCUCGGAGGGUAAAGGGCAUCGAGACCUCCAAGACUCGCCCCAAGGAGGGUGACAAGCCGGCCGCUCCCCCCACUGCUUCCCCCUCUCCACCAGGCCCCUCACCAUCCAGCCCAGACCCUGACACCAGCAAACAGGGUGAUUCCCAGCCCCACCCACAUUCAAACAGCUCACCCAUGACACCCAGCCCCAUCCCCAUGUCUGUGCCAGACACCCCCAUGCAGCUCCCUGUGUGCCCACUCCUGCCCCCUCUGAGUACGCCCAUGUCUACCACCGCCACAUCCUCCCCGGCCCUUGGUCCCCCCCAGGUGGACACCUCCAUGGCGGGCCCCCCUGACACUGCGUCCCCAGCCCCCUGCCCCUCUUCAGGGGAGUCUGAGGAGGACAAAGCCAAGAAGCUGCUCUACUGCUCACUGUGCAAAGUGGCCGUCAACUCCCUCUCUCAGCUAGAGGCGCACAAUAAAGGUACCAAACACAAAACCAUCCUGGAGGCAAGGAGUGGGCUGGGCCCCAUCAAGGCGUACCCUCGGCUGGGCCCUAACCCCAGCCCUGAGCAGGCAGGGGGGCUGCCCUCGGACCCCAACACUCAGGAACGCACCUUCCACUGUGAGAUCUGCAACGUGAGGGUGAAUUCUGAGCUGCAGCUCAAACAGCAUAUAUCCAGUCGAAGGCAUCGGGAUGGAGUCGCUGGGAAGCCAAAUCCCCUCCUCAGCCGGCACAAGAAGCGCACAGACUUUGUGUCUUCCUUGACCUUCUCAAAGGACCUUCCAAAAACUCUGGGCCAUGGACUGUUGCCCAACACCCUGGCUGUUGCUGCGGCGAUGGCAGCCGCUGCCUCCUCCAAUCAGCUGGCUCAGCUGCGUGCCCCUGGUCCCAUUUCUCACCCUCAGAACUACCACCUCCACCACCACCUCCUACAGAGCACACUACAGGGCACGCACCUCAGCCUCCUACGGCCCGCCCCUGGGCCUAUGCGCACCACCCAUGGGCCAAUCCUCUUCUCCCCUUAUUGACGGUGGUGGGACGGGGGCCAAUCAGGAAGAAGCACACUGUGAAGUAAACAGGGAAAACCAUUGAUAGAUAAUCAACAGAUGUUAUGACUGAAACAUUUGACGGAAGCAAGACUAUGCCUGUCCCUCUCCACCUUUCUUCAUUCGACAACUUCCAAAGCAAAGGAUUGAUGGCUUGCAGUCAUUUUAAAGAGGAAGGGUGCAUGACAGACUCAGAUGGACUUUCUGUACAUGCUCUCCCUCCUUCAAUCCUCCCACAUUUAGUUGACUCUGAGAUACGUAUAGCAAAAAAAAAAUGUAUAGAUCAAACUAUACAAACUAUGGCUGACUCAGUAAACUGAGCUCUGUUCUGUUUCCUGUUUCCUCCACAUCUCUGUAGUUUUGGUUCAGUGCUCACCCACCCGAAGCCAUCUGCUAUAUAAGUUCCAUAAAAUAAAUAAAAAGCACACUAGGUUAGACACAGUAGCUGCCUCUGCUCUUAGUAAUAUUUCAUAAUUCAUAGUACAGUAGAACCAAUAGUGCAUUACUGCAAACCCCUGUUGGGGUGUUCAAUAAUCAAACCCCUGUUGGGGUGUUCAAUAAUCAAAGUGCAGUACCUACCUACCCCACUCUGUAGUUCCAGGUUCUAGAUUAGGUGCCUGCUCUGCAGAUCAAGGCACAAGGUACGUUGUACUGUAUGUUUCCAGGUACUAGAUAUAUGUUCUAGUGUUGUGGAUGAUAGAUGUUAGUCUAUAUAUCCUCUGUUGUCAGAUCAGGUGAGAGAGAGAGGAGUCGAGAGAGAGGGAGAGAGAGGGAGAGAGAGAGAGAGAGAGAGAGAGAGAGAGAGA